AUGGAGAAGGAACCUUCUAGAUGUGGUGGUGACGAAGAUGGAAGCACUGGUCGUGGGAAUCCUGGUGGCGCUGCUGGUGGUGCUCUUGCUGCUUCUGGUGGUGCUGGUGGUGAUGCAACCCGUGGUAGUGGUCCUACCAGUGCUGGUGGUGCAAGUCGUGGUAGUGAUGCUAGUCGUGGAGGAGGUGGUCAUAGUCGUGGUACUGGUGGUACAAAUCCAAAUCAUAAUGACUUGCGUCUUGUUGCUGAUGAUGCACAUCGUGGUGGUGAUGAUGCAAGUCGUGCUGCAGCUGGCGAUGCCCGGCGCGCUAGUGGUAAUGACAGAGGGGCUGGUGAUGAUGAAAUGCGGACUGCUGGUGCUGGAAGGCCCGCUAGUCGUGAUGAACGGCGUGUUCAUGGUGUGGAACGGCAAGCCGAAACUGUACAGGCUAGUUCAUGGGCGGAUAUCGUUGGUGAGGUUGGGGAACACGUCGACUCGCAAAGAGCCAAACAGACCGGCUAAUCGUGUGCUCUUGCCGAAUGUACAAUUGUCAGGACGUGUAGCUCGGCCAAACACUGUUGUGUUACACACUCAGGCAUUUAAGGACAUCUCGGUUCGUGAAGUCAUGGGUAGUGUCUUGAAGUGUGUGAAACAGGACACAAUUAAAUGUCUCCAGCAAGUUCUGGGUUCCCGUUAUCGUGUCACGUUUCGUUCGUUGGAAUUGAAACAGCUGUUUUUGAAUCAAGAAUUCUCGGUGCGUGGGGAACGCGUUAUUGCACAAGAAGUGGAUACACCUUCCCUCAUGGUUAAAGUCUUGUUCGUUCCAACUGAAAUUCCAAACCAAUUGGUGGCCGAAAGUCGACCGUGAAAUGUUUAGUGAUUGGUCCAACGUUGAAUCUGGGGUUCGCGUCGUAAUGAUGUCUAAUCUUAAGGAGGGUAUACCACGUCGCUUUUUUAUUGGCCCCUAUCCAGUUGAAACCCGUUAUCGAGAUCAGGUGCCGCAGUGCGGUCGGUGUGGCUGAUAUGAGCGUCGCGUGGCAACGUGUGUCAACGAUGUGAAGUGCUUUAAAUGUGGGCAAGAUGGUCAUGUGCAGCGAAAAUGCUUCCAAUGUUUUCAUUGUGGUCGGUUUGGUCAUGUGAGGCUUAAUUGUCCCGACCACCCCCUGAACCAAGAGAUAGCCACCUACAACCACCGUGAUGCGUCCCAUGAAGACGACCAGAACAGCGUGAUCGAAGUGCAAAAUCCUCAACGUCGGCAAUGUCAGAAGAAUUACGACAGUGGCGACGCAUCCAUGAGCAGUAGCAACAACUCUGAUAAUGAUCCAAUGGACAAGGAUCCCAAUUUGAGCAGUGGUGAUGAUUCCAUGCCUGAGGUAAACCCUCCGGGAGUGAAGAGCACGCAAUCGGAACACAACAAGCGCAAGGCUGAAGAUGAUCCUGUCGUGGCUGAUGGCCAACCUGAUCAACCAAAUGGUGAUUCCAAGCUUAAAAAGAUGCGGCGGCGAAGAAAAAAACGAUGACAGAAUUAUCCAUUAUCACGCUCAAUGUCAUGGCAUUAGGGACUAUAGAAAACGUAGUAUACUUUUUGAUUUUUUAAAACGGGGAAAAUAUGUUGUAAUUUUUCUCCAAGAAAUACACAUGAAUGCGUUCUUUGGAACAGAGAAUCCAGUUUCAAAGGCUACUGGAGUCUUGGUACGAUUAGUAGUUGUGGAGUUGGCAUUUUGUUGCGUGAUAGCUCUCGGUUCAAACACUGUACUUUCUGCUGUGAUGGUGAAGGUCGUAUUACUACCUUGGAUUGUUCUUUCAAUAAUCAGGAUUUUCGCUUUAUUAGUAUUUACGUGCCCACUGAUGGGAGUCAGCGAAUUGAAUACUUUCAGAACUUAGAUCGACAUCUCGUUACUCGGCAGCGUUUGAUAAUUGGAGGGGACUUUAAUUGUAUGCUUGAUCUGGCGAAAGACAAGCGGGACGGGAACGAGUCGGUGGGUGGUACCGGUACUCCUCAUUUAAAGAAUUUAAUUGCGAGAUUUAGUUUAGUGGACAUCUGGAGAAAACAACACCAGACUGAUCAGCAGGUCACGAGGCAAAAUAAGCUCGGAACGAUUAAAUGUCGCUUGGACAAAUUUUAUAUUUCAUCUUCGCUUGCAAAAGACUAUGACAUCGAAAGUACUAUCGAACCUUAUCCAUAUUCGGACCAUGAUAUGGCACUUAUUACGUUGAAAGUGGAGCGCUCAAGUAGUAACGUUGGUCCUGGAGUUUGGAAAUUCAAUACUUCCCUUUUGAAUGAUAAGACUGUUCGUAAUAAAGUAGUGACAUUCUGGACGGAUUGGAAGAAAAAGAAACAAUACUUUAGUAAUGUUCGCGAAUGGUGGGAUACCGGCAAAUCAAGAAUCAAAUCUCUUCUCAUCAAAUGUAGUAAAACAAAAUUGAUUAAAUCGAAACAGGAGCGAGCUCGAGUAUUAAAGAGAUACCGUACUUUGGUCGCAAAAGACAACUUAUCGGCAAGCGAGGUUGAGGAACUCGACGCAGUCAAAUCUCAAUUGGCAACUAUUGAUUUUCAGCGAGUUCAGGGCAAUAAAAUCAGAUGUAAAGCGAAGUGGAUCGAAGCAAAUGAACAGCCUUCCAGGUUCUUCUUUCAAAGAAGGCAUUAG